CAUUUCUACAUCCCAUUUCAUACAUCAAUCACCCCCCAUUGCACCCGUUUUGCAGACCUAUCACAAGGAAUCUGUAGACAAACAUGCCUCGAGCCAACACCAAAACUUCCGCCGCUCCGGCUGGAAAACCCAUCCACAAAUUCUACGUCGACUACUCUGUCCCUGCCAACGACCAGGUUUUCGACCCUGCGGCGUUUGAAAAGUUCUUGCACGACCGAAUCAAGGUCGAGGGAAAGGCCGGUGCUCUUGGAGAUGUCAUUCAGUUGCAACGAGAGGGCAACCGUCUGGUUCUCACCUCCCAGAUCCCCUUCUCCAAGCGAUACCUUAAGUACCUCACCAAGAAGCACUUGAAGAAGAACAAUUUUGAGAACUUCCUCCGAGUCGUUGCUACUGCCAAGGACACCUACUCUCUGCGAUACUUCAAGGUUGACCAGGAGGAGCCUGAGGAUGACGAGUAGAUGUAGUUAGCGUAGGAUGUGGAUGGGUGGUGAUCUUGCAUGUGGAUGCAUUGCAUGAUUAUGAA